AUGGCCUCACUAGGAGAUAUGACACAAGUGUACACCCCAGAUCCGAACACCGCGGAGCCCGCCAACACCCAAGCCAUCAUCUCGGCGCUCAACCUCCAAAAACAUGUCGAAGGUGGCUACUAUGCAGAAAUCGAUCGCAACCCACUUACCAUCCCUAACCCCUUCUUAUUGAAGAAUGGCGGAGAUGAAGAAGAAGAUGUAAAGAACACGGCCGAUAAACCCAUGUCGGGUGACAACGCCAUCAGAAAUGCGAGUACAAGUAUAUACUACAUGUUGAGCGCAGUGAAUCCGCAGGGACAUUUCCAUAGAAACAAGGGCAGGACGGUACACACCCUAAUCUCAGGUCGGGGCCGCUACGUCCUCAUUCAUGCCGAUGAACCCGGCACUAAGAAACGCAUCGAGACCUUCGUCGUUGGACAAGACGUUGCGCAUGGAGAGAAGAGUGUGUGGAUUGUCGAGGGUGGGAAAUACAAAGCGAGCUUUCUACUUGAUGGAGCGGAGGGGGAAAGGUUGUUGAUUAGUGAGACGGUGAUACCAGGAUUUGAGUUCUCGGAUCAUGAUUUCUUGACGACGGAGAGAUUUGAGCAGCUUGUUACAACAGAACAGGCGAAGGAGUUGGAGUGGUUGGUGAGGAAGUCUUAG